ACAACCGCCGUUUUGAUUUCAAACAAAGUUAUCUGCAAUUCUGAGAAAUUCCAUCUACUAAUUAGGCUACAUUUCUUCAAUGGAAUGGUACUCAGCAUUUUUUCGGACUUUCAAGAUAAUGGGACUCUACUCUUUUGGCCUCUGCUUCCUUCUUCUCUUCAAUGUUUUCUUAUCCAAUGUGUUGAUGGUGCAUGGUUUUACGGGUACGUAUGGAGUAAAUUACGGUAGGAUAGCUGACAACCUUCCACCACCAGCAACUGUUGCAAUACUUCUCAGGGCAGCAAAGAUAAAGAAUAUCAGAAUCUACGACGCUGAUCAUGAAGUUUUGAAGGCCUUUUCAGGAUCUGGAAUUGAGAUAAUUGUUGGAGUGGGGAACGAGAAUUUGAAAGACAUGAGUGUGUAUCCUGAUAAUGCUGUAUCUUGGGUGAAGGAAAAUGUCGAGCCAUUCCUUCCAGGUACUAGUAUAACAGGAAUUGCAGUUGGGAACGAGAUCCUUGGAGCUACUGAUGUAGAACUCUGGGAAGUUCUAGUGCCUGCAGUAAAAAAUGUAUACCAUGCCCUCGAGCAGCUUCACCUGAGUGACAAAAUUGAGGUCUCAAGCCCGCAUUCAGAGGCUGUUUUCGCCACAACAUUUCCCCCAUCCGCAGGCGCAUUUAAGGAAAGUAUUCUGCCGUACAUGAGACCACUUUUGCAGUUCUUUUCUCAAAUUGGUUCUCCGUUCUAUAUAAAUGCCUAUCCAUUUCUGGCCUACAUCAACGACCCUUCACAUAUUAAUAUCAACUACGCACUCGCUCAACGAAAUCCUGGUAUUUAUGAUGCCAAAACCAAUUUGCACUACGAUAACAUGUUUGAGGCUCAGAUUGAUGCAGCUUAUGCUGCUUUGGAAAAGGUUGGGCACAGUAAGAUGCCGGUUAUAGUUUCCGAAACCGGUUGGGCUUCACGGGGAGAUGCAAACGAGCCAGGAGCAACGAUUAAAAAUGCUCAGACUUACAACAAAAACUUGCGUAAGAGGCUUCUAAAGAAGAAGGGGACGCCUUACAGACCCAAGAUACCUGUGAGGGCUUACAUUUUUGCCCUGUUCAAUGAGGACUCGAAGCCUGGUCCAACUUCUGAGAGAAACUUUGGAUUGUUCAAACCUGAUGGCAGCAUUUCUUACAACAUUGGAUUCAAAGGGCUUGCACCUUCAUCAGCACACUCUUUAAAGGAUCAUCGAUUAGGUGGAUUCUCACUGAUUCACUUGAUUUAUGCAACAAUACUGGUGUUUCACUUUAUCUGAGGACUUGGACAAAUUUCAGGGACAUUCAGAUUAAUAAAGAGAAGGCAUCCAGAGUCCUUUUUCAUACGUGUUUGAUGCAGAAUCAGUUUACAAUUAGCAAGUUUUAGCUUCCUCUUCGUACACAUAGUUGAAAUCCAUAUUUGAUUGAUUAUUUGAUUC